AUGACUAUUCACAGACAUGGGAUGUCAAAUACGCGUCUUUCGCAACUUUCAUCAGUGUCCAGAUGUGCAAGUGUUGACAGUGUUUCCAAUCUGGGCGGCAGUUCUUCAAGGACUCAGUCCAGUACUUCGCUGAAUUCGAUGCUGUCAUCUUUGACUACAACGCCAGAUUACUCUCCUCUUUUGAUUCAAACGGAGGUGGGCGAUUUGUUGAAUAUUGACGAUCUUGAGCUUUUAGGUGCCGAUAUUAUUGAUGAUGACGAUGAAGAUGAUGAGGAAGAGGACGACAGUCAAAAUGUCGAUAACGGCAAGAAUCAAAUCAAUGAAGAAGAUGGCUAUGACUCUGACAGAGAUAGUAUGUGUGGUGAAUAUUCUGGUCGUGGGACCUCAGAUUGUACUGACACUACAGACACAGAAAGAAGUAGCAGCAUAGACGAAUUACUAUGUGGUUUUUCUACCAAUAAUGAAAGUGAGUCUCGAUACGAUGCUACAAGGUAUGAUUAUCAUGAGAAAUGGUUCAUAUGCUUGAUUGGCCUUCCUGCUUGUGGUAAAUCCACUGUGGUUAGACAGCUUAUCAACUUCACUAAUAUCAAUACAGCUACAGAAAAUAACCCUGGUGUCAGAAUGAAAUCAUUUAAUGCGGGUGAUGUUAGACGUAAGCACGAAAUAGGGUUGAGGAAGAAGAUGAAGUUCGACUUGAGUGAUAAUCAUACUCAGCAAGUGCGUGAGCAGUAUGCCUUUGAGUCUUUGAAACGAUUGACUGAUAGCUUGGUCAAUGAUACCGUGGAUGUUGGUAUAUUGGAUGCUACUAAUACUACCAAGGCUCGUCGGGACUCUAUUUUCAAGCAGGUUACUAAAGUGUCCCGAGAGUCUCAUGUUGAAAUACACACCUUGAUACUUGAAGUCAAAUGUACCAACAAAUCCCUUCGUAGAUACAACAUAGAUCAAAAGGCCAACAAUGCUGACUACAAGGGUGUUCCAAAAGAUCAGGCCAUCAUUGAUUUUCUUAGUCGAAUUGAGAAAUACGAAAACAUUUACGAGAAGGUUACAUUCAAGGAGAUUAACAGGUUGGGUGCUAAGUAUUUUAGUAUCAUUAAUGCCGGAGAGUGUGUUUGCUACGACUGCGGAUUAGUUCAUCAUGAUUCUAAGAGGCAUCAGCAUCUGACUUUCAAAAAUGUGGCUCUGAAUUUGAUCUACGACUUUCUGAUGAAUUAUCGUUGUUUAUAUGCCAUUCCUUAUUUAAAGCAGGUCGAGGUAUUUUACACAAAGGGACAUUAUAAGCCCGUGAGGACCGCUCAUUCAUCUAGUACAUCUUUGAAGGAUACAUUAUCUAUAACGAUGACUUCAAUUUCUUCAUCGUCGUCUUUGGCCUCAGCUACACCAGCUCCAUCGAUACCGGAAUCUUCAAUAACGCCGACUUCCAAAGGAACACUAUUAAAAGUUUUAUCAACUCCAAGAUUGUGUUAA